UGACCGUCAGUUAUAAUCAGCUGCAGCAAUGCAAGUCAGUAGCGAAAUCAUUUGGAUAUCCCUCCCCCGUCUGGAUCCGUCAGGAUGGCUCGAAGGUCUCUUUCGUUCGUACUGCUACUUGUGUCCUAUGCGGCCGCGUCGAAUUCCUCGGCCGCGAUCUCGACACCUUCUGCAUCCAAUAGCAGUACCCCUGUCAUGACUAGCACAAACUCAAUGACCAGCGCGAACAUGUCAACUAGUGUCGUUACGACAUCAACGACGUCCUCGAUGACUUCCUACCUUGCCACUGAGACCGGUCCUUUAACUUUGCCCAUCUCACAAUAUUCUUUCACUCCAUUUCCAACUCCAACACUUGCGCCAGAGCCACCGAUUUUCCCUGCAACAGAUCCUCUAUAUCCCCCUCCUGUUAGCGCAGACUCAAUGGUUGUGCCUGACUUUGCUCCGGCUUGGGCAGCUGCUUACGCAAAGGCAAAGGCAAUGAUAUCCAACUUCACCAUCCAGCAAAAAGUAAACGUCACUACAGGUGUUGGCUGGGCUAACGGUCUCUGUGUCGGGAACAUUCCUCCUGUAGGAGACUUCCCUGGCUUGUGUCUCCAAGAUUCACCGCUCGGUAUCCGGGAUACUGACUUGGUCACUUCAUUCCCCGCUGGUAUAACCGCCGCCUCCACAUGGAAUCGUGCUUUGAUGCGCGCCCGAGGUCUUGCAAUAGGUCAAGAGAACCGAAUGAAAGGUGUUAAUAUUGCCCUGGGACCUAUGAUGAAUAUUGGCCGGAUCGCUCAAGGUGGUCGCAACUGGGAGGGAUUUGGCGCUGAUCCUUUCCUAUCUGGUGAAGCUGCCUACGAAACAAUCCUAGGUCUGCAGGCUGGUGGUGUCCAGGCCACAGCCAAGCACUACAUCAACAACGAACAAGAAUGGAAGCGCACACAGGAGUCUUCCAAUGUCGAUGAUCGUACUGAGCACGAAAUUUACGCUCAACCUUUCAUGCGUUCUGUAAUGGCGGGCGUCUCAUCAGUCAUGUGCAGUUACAACUUGAUCAAUGACACUUAUGCUUGCAACAACAAUAAAACCCUCAAUGACAUGAUGAAGCGCGAGUUUGGCUUCCAAGGCUUCAUUCAAUCUGACUGGUCUGCAACGAUGAACACCCUUUCCGCUGUUGCCGGCCUUGAUAUGACGAUGCCUGGAGACAUAACCUUCGAUUCAGGAACUUCUUACUUUGGCCAGAAUCUCACGGACUUCGUCAUGAACGGCACCAUCACUGAGCAGCGCCUAGAUGAUAUGGCGACGCGGAUUAUUGCUGCAUGGUACUACAUGCACCAGGAUGAGAAUUACCCGAAUGCCACAGUCUCUUCGUUCGACUUUUACAACCCCAUUAAUCGGGAGGUCAACGCGCAAAGUGAUCAUUAUAUUAUUGUGCGCGAAAUUGGUGCUGCUGGCACAGUGCUCCUAAAGAAUGAAGGCGCCCUCCCUUUGUGCAAGCCGAAGAGUAUUGUCUUAGUUGGCAGUGAUGCUGCUCCGCCAGUUUCGGGUCCCAACGAGUACAGCGACCAGGGUGGUGAUCCAUCUGGCAUCCUUGCCAUGGGCUGGGGUUCUGGUACCAACAACUUCACGUAUCUUAUCUCCCCCUACGAAGCCAUUCAAGCGCGCGCUAGAGUUGAUCAGACUAGCGUUUUCUGGAACUUUGAUGACUGGAACCUCGCCAAGGCAGGCAACUCUGUCAUUGGCAUGGAAGCCGCCAUUGUUUUCAUCAACUCCGAUUCGGGUGAAGGUUACAUCACUGUCGAUGGAAAUGCGGGUGACAGGCAGAAUCUCACUGCAUGGCAUGAGGGUGACCAGCUUAUUCUUGCUGUCGCUGCCCAAAAUAACAAUACUAUCGUGGUCACCAACUCUGUUGGUCCUUUGAUCCUCGAACCUUGGGUCGAGCAUCCGAACGUCACUGCUAUUGUUUGGGCCAACCUUGGCGGCAACGAAGCUGGUAACGCCAUCACAGACAUUCUAUACGGAGCUUGGAACCCAUCUGGAAAACUACCGUACACAAUUGCGAAGAGCCCCGCGGACUAUCCUGCUCAGCUCGUAACGGGCGGUACUGCGGCGGAUAUCCUAUCCAUCAAUUACACUGAGGGUCUCUUGAUUGACUACCGGUGGUUCGAUGCGCAAAACAUUACACCUCGUUACGAGUUUGGCUUCGGUUUGAGUUAUACGACUUUCGAGUACUCUGACCUUGCUAUCAUGAAGAUUAACCCCGCCGAUUACGUGCAGAUGGACCUGAUUCAGAACUGGGAGAACGGGGGUGCGUCGCCAAUCGCUGAAGGGUCAUCAACCGCUCUCUGGCUGCAUAUACCAGCAUACCGGGUUACCUUCAAUGUGAAAAACACCGGUUCGCUAUACGGUGGCGAGAUCCCCCAGCUAUACAUACAUCACCCUCUAUCAGCUGCAGAACCACCUUCAAUCCUCAAGGGAUUUACGAAUGUCGAGGUCUCUCCGGGACAGACUACCUCCGUAUCGAUCACGCUAUCACGCUACGACGUUUCCAUUUGGGAUGUUGUUCGCCAGGGGUGGGCAAAACCAGAAGGAACUAUCACUUUCUCUGUUGGGGCGAGUAGCAGGGACUUUAGGCUGAAUGGCACCAUUCCUGCAUGAAUCGCAUAGAUUCUUUGGACCUUGCAUUGUGUACAAUUUGAAGUCAUUAGACACAGUAGAGCAAUGUACACGUAGACCCAACUGCAAAUCCUUAGUCUUAUGCUUG